CAACCCCGGCGGCGCCUGGGGCCGCGGCCAACAUGGUGACCAUCACCGAAUGGCAGAAGAUCGGCGUGGGCACCGCAGGCUUCGGGAUCUUCUUCAUCUUCUUGGGGAUACUCUUGCACUUUGACUCGGUGCUUGUGGCCUUCGGAAACCUCCUGUUCCUCUCCGGCCUCUCCUUCAUCAUCGGACUCAGAAGGACCUUUGGCUUCUUCUUCCAACGGCAGAAGUUCAAGGCCACCAGCUUCUUCCUGGGUGGUGUGAUCGUUGUUCUCCUACGCUGGCCUCUCCUGGGGAUGAUUCUGGAGACUUACGGUUUCAUCAAUCUCUUCAAGGGAUUUUUUCCAGUCGCCUUUGGCUUCCUCGGCUCAGUCACAAACAUCCCACUCCUGAGUCCGCUGUUCCGCAGGCUUCAAGGCACCAGCUCCAUGGUCUGACCGGGACAGGAAGUGAUCGAAAGAGGUGGACUCAUCCGUGAUAUGGGAUCUGUGCCUUCCCAGCCCCCGCUUCCCUCUUCUGACGCAGACCCGGCUUCUCUUUCCUGUCGGGAGAGGGGAGGGGGGUUUCGGGGGUUGACUCUCCAAAGCCAAAGGUGUCUUUGCUACUGGAUGUGGUCUCUUUGAGGGUCUC